AUGACGAGCGCCGGAGGCUGCGCUCUCGUGCUUAUCUUAUUGGUUGGGAGCGUUUUCUGUCAGGACUAUGAUGUAACGGACAUUCAGUGUACAUUCGCGAGCGCCGGUACUGGAAUUCGAGAUUCCGUAUCAGCGCUAUUGCGAAAACCAGAAGGCUUCCGCGGAGCACCUCUAUUCGCUGAUGACAGAACGACAGACCCGGUAGCAGAUCCUGUGUGCCAGAUCCGACCUGAGGCGGAAGAUCCUACUGGUCUGCUGUAUAGACUACGCAUCGCGGAUUUUACAAAAUGCGGCGUACUGAAACGAAAUGGCUUCGUGCAUGUUCGCGUCUGGUUCCCGCAGUUUCCAGGUGUGGUGAUGCAAUCAGACCAAGAGCUGAUCAUCAUGUGCAAGCCCCCAGAGCCGACUAUCAUCGAGAACAAAGCAGCAGGUUUUGCCGGUAGCUUUCCGCACGGUGCUCGGGUAUCAGGUGUCGUGGAAGAGACCCCAGGGCGACUGGAGUACGAAGUAGCGUUGUACAAGGAGGCUCCGCCGGUCUCUCGUCAUUCAAAUCACUCAGUGGACAUGCCUGUUGAUCAGGCGGUGCCUAUAGGGACAAAGUUACAACUGCGCGCGCGCAUAAACCCUGACUCAGCCUGGAGACACAUCAAAUUGCUCGAAGUCGCCGUAUCUCCAGAUCCAGACCGACCACAUGCUGCUGGCGCUGUUCUCUUAGUUAAAGAUGGAUGUCGAAAUCGUGACUUCGCGUCAAUUAUUCCUCAUCAACCAGCACGGUACCGCGAGCGGCACAACGAAGUGUUUCUGGACUUUGAGGCCUUCCUGCUUGCUUCUAUGAAAGAACGAUCUACUCUCUGGAUACACUCGCAGAUCAAGGCGUGCAUGGAGCCAGCUGAUUGCCAGCCAGAUUACUGUCUUGAUUUGUACGAGCCGUCCGGUCACGGUCGAAGAAAAAGAUCCUUACCAGCGAUAACAGACCAGAACGCUACUAGCGCUUCCCUGGUGGCAGACAACGGUAGCACACCUUUCACCAGGUUCAAGGAGAACCUGGAAUAUACGGUUGUGAUGCCAGGAGAGCUCUUCCACAGAACACCAAUAGAAGCCACCUGCGCCACAUCCAUGAUGAUUGCUGUUGCGCUUGGAACCUUAUUAUUUAUGUCAGCCUUAUUAAUGUGUUACUUGGCAACGAAAUUAAAUUCUACUAUAAUGAAAAACAACAGUUUACACACGUCUCGUGGCAAGGGAUUCGAGCAGAUAUUACGUGAUCUGGCUCAUCAUUCCAUUCCCGAGUCGGGGAAAUAUCUAUAUCACAUAAUAAAGAAUUUCUUUUCAAGAUCGAUAAAAAUGAGCAGGAGUCCUAAAAAUGGCUCAGAUUCUAUUUCUCCUAGACCUAAACCCAAGCAACUCUGGUCAUUAGGUUUGGUGGAGUCAAUGAAAGAUCCAAAAUGUAUUUACAAAGAAAAUGAACGUAUUGUCGUUCUAAGGGAUAAAUACCCUAAAGCGAAAAUCCAUUACCUUGUACUGCCUCGUGAAGAAAUAAGCAGUAUAUACAAGUUAAAUAAAGACCAUAUUCCAUUACUUGAAGAGUUUGGACAAAUAUUUAGAGAGAUUCAAAAAGAUCACGCCGAUUUCUUGCUGCGUUGUGGCUUUCACGCAGUGCCAAGUAUGCAUAGAAUGCAUAUGCACAUAAUUAGUAAUGAUAUGAUUUCACCAUGCCUGAAAACAAGAAUUCAUUGGAAUAGUUUUACAACUAAAUUCUUUCUACCAUAUAAAGAUGUUCUUAAUAAAUUGAAAGAGGAUGGUUCAUUGGAUAAAAUGUCACCGGAAGCCCACAAAAGUUUUAUGUCAAUUCCAAUUAAGUGUAAUCAGUGUGACUUUGAACCAAAGACAAUGCCACAACUGAGACAACAUUUACUUACUCAUAUGGAGUGA